UUCUUCAAUGUUUGUAAAUUGUAGUCUGGAGACACCGCUGUGUAGAUCUCAGCGCGCAAAUGUAUUUUCUAAUGUUGAUAAAUUUUCCUUGUUUGGCUUUUAUUUGAAACAUUACUGGUCGUUAGAAACAGUGGGAUAGAAAAUCUUAGCCACACGUUGGAUCUUGACCAACUGAAAAAGGCAGGAAGAGACUAUAAUGGUCCUCAGUCAGAUGGAUGCCGGUAAAGCUUUGACUUCGGCAGCAGCCAAAGGGAACACCAGCGAGGUACAGAGGAUCCUGGAGGAAUACAGAGUACAUCCUGAUACUCUCAAUGAAUUUGGCAGGACUGCGCUUCAAGUCAUGAUGAUGGGGAACUCCAAGAUUGCCAGUUUGCUGUUGGAAAAAGGAGCAGAUCCUAACGUCCAGGACAGACACGGGAUAGCGCCAGUCCACGACGCAGCCCGGACAGGAUUUCUGGACACUCUGCAGGUUCUGGUGGAGUACGGUGCUUCAGUAAAUGUACCGGACCAGAGUGGGGCCCUACCUAUCCACAUUGCCAUCCGGGAAGGCCAUCGGGAUGUUGUGGAGUUCCUGGCACCACAGUCUGACCUGAAGCACGCCAACAUCAGCGGACAGACAGCGAUAGACGUAGCCCGAGCUUCAUGUGUGCCUGAUAUGAUUGACUUGCUUUUUGCUCACAUUCAUAGUUAGUCAGAAGUCUGGGUGCUCAGUGCCUCCUGGGUAACCCUAACCUCACCCCUGCGUGAAACCUGGUGACUUGAAUUCAUUGCUGUGUAAAGGAUUAUUUUUUGACUGUGGCUCAGCAUUAAUAUGUGACACAGGACAUAUUGUCUUGGCAGCUUAUUUUCAGUGGGUGGGUGGACAGACACCUCUUUUGCACAGUGCAAUUUAGGCACCUUAUGUAUCUGUUUUCCCGAUUAAUUGGGAGUGCACAUUUGUGGAUAGUUUUCCCUCAGUGUUUGUAAUUUUAAUUGCAUUAUUGCCAUUGUGUAAGAUUUGUAACAGUUGAUACAGUGUGUUUUUAAAAACUACAAAACCUGACAUGAUGCACCCUGAUUGCUUUGCAUAGUUGUGUUUCUCUUACUUAGAUGUUCUUAGACUUUGAAUUGACACUUAUUUAUUGUUAUUAUAGGACUGAAUA